GAUCUGGAUCCUGAUAAAGCGCAAACUACUCUUAUAUUCGACUCGGACAGUGAUCUCUCUGAUGUAGAAAGCACAGUCGCAAAUAGCAGUCAGCCUAGUGCAAAAAUAACAGGUGAUAUGAUUAUGGAUGAAAUAUUAGAGAAAUGCGACCUAAACAACUUGAUGUAUUAUUAGGUAACCGUAUGAGAGAUGGUCCUAGUGGAAAUAAUAAAAGUAGGGACAAAAAUGAUGCCUCCAAAUCAAGUCAGUCGUCUACAAAUGGCGAUUUUGUUAUUGAUGAAAAGCUAUUGAUGGCCACCGAAAUACCUCUAAUAAAAAUCGACGAGACACAAACCUGGAAGAAAUUCGCACGGAAUAACUCAAUAGACUUGAACAAAAUAGACAUUGAUUUGAGUGUAAACAAAUCGACCAGUGAACUGAGGCCAAUGAGGAAAGUGGGGCCCGUAGAGGAAAUGAUGAAGUACUGUCGGCCGGUGUGGGUGGUGGUGUCGCGGAUGAGUGGGAUAACGGGGAUGGCGGGCGCGGGGCGGCGUGUACAAUUACCCGACUUGGCCGCCCUCCGCCGCCGCCGCCCGCCCACCGCGCACGUCGCGCCGCAACCACACUCGCCACCGUCGUCACACUCGUCACAAUCGCCACGUUCGCCACACUCGCCACGCUCGCCCUUCACACCGCACCUGCCGAAAUUAGUGGACCUCUCGGAGAGCGACAGCGAUACUAGUUUCGAUGAUACUGUGGAAUAUUUGCCGUCCGAGAAACAGCUGUCCGAUCUGCUGAAACAUUUGACGAGCCUGGGCGUGGCUGAGAGCGCGGCGGCGUGGCGGCGGCAGCGGCCGACCCCCCCGCGGCGCACACGCAGGCAUCCACGUCUGGCACACGUGCACCUCAACUGCUCGUGCGAUAGAUGCUACACGUCCAAGAAGCAUCGCUUCGUCAGGGAACAGCACGAGGUGCAGCGCCAGCUGAAGGCCUUGCUGGACUCGCUGCCAAAGUCGGCGCUCGUCGAGACCAGGAAACCAACGAGCGAGACAGAACAAGAUCCCGACUACCGCGUCAAAUCUAAGAAGCGCAAGAAGAAAAAGCAGUCGGAGACAACGACGAGGACAGCGCUCAAACCGCCGUCGCACGACGACUACCAGGAGUGGAUCAGACAGAAGAACAUACACCAGAGAUUCUUCCAACUACCCUCAAUUGAAUCGCAAAGGAACAAAGCCCAGAAGGAAACGAGCCAUAGUAUCAACGCAAGAGGAAUAAACAAUCAGAUGCAACCGACACAUUCGAGAAGUAAUUCAAACAUAACGACUGUAAAUCUCGCAACAAAUUGUCCAACAAAUCCACUGCGCGACAUUUUAAAACAACGCCUAAACGAGAGAUUAGAGUGUAAACAAUCAGAAAUAUCAAUGAUGAAACCUAAUGUAGACAGGAAAACAAUAAUAUUCGACGAGAGUUUCCGCCAGAGAAUGGUCAAAUCUCUAACAGAUAUGGCCACCAAAAUAACCUCCCAAGACAAAUCUAACAUUAAUGAUCAAGCCACGAAUAAUGUUGCCUCAAAGAGUAUAGACGUUGACAGCACCGACCAGAUGGUGAUUGGACAAUGUGCUGAAACAGCUCGGCUAAACGUUAAAAAGGUUAUCGAACAUAUUGUAGGAGGCCAAUAUCUUGGUAGUAUCAUCGAUGAUGGAAAUGUGGUGAUACCUAGCGGCGGUAAACAGAUCAAUCGUCUAGACGUCAGACGUGUAAUAGAACAAAUAAUAGGUGGACAGAGUCUGGGACGGAUCAUUGACCUAGAUAACGUGGAUACUGGUGAUAGAACUAAAGUUGGUGGUCAAGCGAUGGAUGGAACAAAUGUCGAGCAAAGAGCUCAAGAUGUUGACAGUAUGAUUGACAGAGUCGUCGAUGAAAUUAUAACAGAUCCGACUGGAAUAGUAAACGAUGCAAAUGUAAAACACAAUUUUAAAAUAAAAGUGUCUAUUGUAAAUAUGGAUUCGACCGAGGAUAAAUAUUUCGAAGUGCCCAUAGUGAAUGGACCUGACCCGAACGGUUAUAAUGGUGGAUCGACUAAUGAUGUUUGUGUUGAUUCGAACAGUGAUGAGCCACGGGUGUGUGUCGAUGAAACGCCUAUGUCAAUUAAAAUAACUAGUGUGUUUUCAUUGGCAGACGCAAAGACUGAUGAUAAAUCAACAAAGGAAAGUAGUAAAUCAUCAGACCCGAACAUCACAGAUUGCAAUGCAAGGAAACGAUGCCACUCGGCCAUUGGUCAAACGGGAAUAGAUGAGAACACAAAUAAGAAUAUGUACGACGGGGAAAGUGGAAAAAGGAAAUACAAAACGGACUUUAAAUUGACGAGGAAUACGCAACAGAGUCUGGAGGUGGACUCCGGUACGAUCGGUCAAGUGCGAGUCUCGCAGAACCUCGGUCUGACCAUACUAGUUGCACAAGAGGCCAAUAACGCCGUAUCACUUGCGGCUCGCGGACAAACCUCACCAAACCGACGCCAGCACGAUAGCAGUAGUUCAAACGGGUCGGAUGAUUCAUCAUCGGUAGACUCCACCUUGAGUGAUGACGAGGAAAACGAUCCAACAUGGAGUCAGCCGCCGUCGAAAAAGAAAAAAGGACCACCUCGAGUGUCCACGCACGUCUCACCAAACAUGUGCAGCAUGGAGAUCGACAAUAUACUCAUCCCACCAAUCCCCGUCGAGAAAUUCAUACAAGAACGAGAAUCCGAGUUACCUAGCCUAGUAGUUUUGUGCAUAGAUCGUUCGAAACCUAUAUGGAAACUGUUAGACGAGAAUCUAGUGGUUACAGACUAUGUGAUACCGAUUUUGGAGCCGACCUACUGGUCUACCGGACCGUUGGGGAAGACCGCCAUGUUGAUUUUCCCUGAUUCGCAGGAAUCUACACACAACCAGACAGGUCAAAGUGGUAAUCUGACUAGUCAAAGUAAUAACCAGAUGAGUCAAAUUUGGAACCAGACGAGUCAAAGUGGAAACCAGACGAGUCAAAGUGGAAACCAGACGAGUCAAAGUGGAAACCAGACGAAUCAAAGUGGAAACCAGACGAGUCAAAAUGGAAACCAGACGAGUCAAAGUGGUACUGGUACUUCGAAAAUAUCCACAAAUGUAUACACUAACAGCGACGGUACAACAGUCCUUUUGCAAGCUCCCGAUGAAGUUUGCAUAGACAACAAUGUAUAUAAGAAGUUACAUAACAUUCCAUUAGUCUACGGUCGGGUGAAGUACGUUAUAUCGGACAGAAGUAUUUGUGAGAUCCUCGGACAGAAGAACGUACCAAUAGAGUUGUACUCAUUAAGAACAGGCAAGGUGACGCCAACCUGUCGGAUGGCGGGCUCCAACAUUGUCCCCAGCGAAACCCCCGUUCAAAAUGUCUCUAAACUCACCCACAACCCAGCGGUCCAAAAUUCUCCCGAGUCCGCCCCUACAAAGAAACCGGCAGGUCGACAACCACCAGCUCUUUUGCCUUUGUCAUCCUUCAAAGAACUAGAAGAUAAACAAAUCCCAGGCCCAUCCCCUGUAGUCUGUAUAAACACUAAGCCAAUAUUGGCUCAAUCCAAUCCUGUCACCACCGCAAUGCCAUCAACGAGUUUUCUACAAAGCUCUCUAGUCACGGUCGCUCCCACAACCAAUUCUCUCUUCCGGCCACCAAUCAUCAACCAAGCUCCCAUUCGACCCACUUUCAUCUCUAUCAACCCAUUAGAAAGAGUUCCCGUGAGUCCCUUCAUUUCCCCUGUCAUACCGUCCAUUGGACAGACAUCUUUCUGUCUUGCCUCCAAUAACACGUUACUUCCAAAUCCAGUACGAGGUAACCUUAUAGAGGUAAGAUAUAAACCUGCCCCUUGGUUGAACACUCGGUCUUCACUUAAACCAUCUGUAAAUAACUCUGACGUAGUAACCACGCUGUCCACUACACAAACACAACCCAGGAUCUCAGUAAAAUCUUUUGCCAGAGAAGUAAAUGCCGAUUCACCGCCCGUAGUUCGAACAUUUAUCACACAACACUCUUAUCUUUCUAAUAGUUUACCAUCAACUAGUUUAACGGAGAAAUAGUAUUAAAAUCCACUAUCUAAGCUAUUUAUGGCUUCAAUAAAUGUAUGUAUAGAUAUCAUAAAUUUUAAUAGAUAGAUAGAACCUAAGAACAAGGUAUUAUAUAGAAUUACUCCUUUCUUCUUAUGCAAAUAUAAUUAGUAAAAAAAAAAAAUGACGAAGGAUACACCUGUUGUCAUUUUUCUCAAUUCAUAGCAGGCUAGUGUGUAGAAAAUGUUUGAUAUGUCAAUUAUUUGUCAAUGACAAAUUUUACAUUACUAGAUUAUAUAGUCGACACAGUUUAUGUAGAAAGUAUGCAAGCAGGUUGCAUCUAGAAUUUGGUAGGGUUAUACUCCCGUAUGACAUUUUCUGUACACUAGCCUGCUAUGAAUUGACAAAAAUACCAACUGAUAACAAUCCUUCGUCCUCUUUUUACUAAUUAUAUUGGCGUAAGAAGAAAGGAGACAACCAUAUACAGUUUUUAUUUUAUCAUUCCUUUAUAAUUCCUUGUUCUUAGUGAAAAAUAAAACUAAUUUAAGUACACUUUGUUUAGAAAAUCUCUACAAGAUGGCAAGUGUUUCAUUGUGUGUUCUAAUAAGGAAUGUAAUAAAAUAUAAGAUGUAAACCAAAUGUCGUAUUAUAAUAAAGUAAGUUAAAACUGUACAUACAUACAAAUAUACAUUUGAAGCUUGUUUCGGUGUAUUUAUUAUAUAUAUAUGUAUAGUAUGCAUCCGUUUUCGUUUUGUAAAUAAAUAAUCAUAGUUUAUAUACUGCAUUACAAUGCAAAGCAAAUUCUGUAACUAGGUAAUAGUUGUUUUUUUUUUUUAUUUUAUUAUCAAUAAAAAUACAAGUUACAGAAAUUAUGUUACAUUAGCAUUCAGAAACGACGUAGGUUUAUAUUAAUACUAAAUACAUUCAAAAUAUUUAAAUUGUAUUAAAACCAUGCAAGAAGUAUCGUUUCAAUUUAUACUUGAUGUUGCUAAUAGUAAUGUUAUCUCGUACAUCGGUGGGUAGUACAUUAAUAAAUCGAGGAACCAGGUAGUCAGCCGUACGCUCACCAUAACAGUUAUUUACGCGAGCGCUAUUGGUACAAAGUUGCUUCCGUGCGUCCGUGUAUGUGGCUGCAUUACUCUGUGCGACGAGGACUUUUUUUUUUUAAAUAUUGGCGCCAAUUUCUAUUUUAGAACAAAGAUUUGGAGCUAUCAACGAUUUCUAUGCGGGUUCUUUUUAGCAAUUUAACAUUAUUAAUCAAUUAAUUAAAAUUAGAAAUUAUUUCUAUUUUUAAAUUUUGUGUUGUCUUUUAAAAUUGUGACUUUAAUUAUUGGCGCCAAAAGUUUUUUUUUUUUUUUUUAUAUUACAAACAGUCGAAGACAAGUAACAUCAGACGUGUCGAUUACAGUAAUUAGUGUCAUCUCGUAUAUCAUGUCUGAGUCAAAUACCAAGUUUUUAAUUUUCUCUAAAAAACUUGCUAAGUCUCACUAAAAUUAUGCUUAGAUCGAGCAGACGAAGGACGAAAUCUGUGUUACAUGAUAUAUUGUAUAAAAAUAAGACAAAGUUGCUUUGCUUAACACGUUGAAUGUCAAGCUAUUAAUCUAUGUCAGACAAGAAGUCCCUCGUCUGCUUAAAUAUAAUUUCUAAUCUGUAUUAAGUUUUUUUUUUUCUAUUGUUAAAUAGGUAAAUUGUGUAUUGUGUCAUAUAGAAUUAAACGCACUACUUAUACCUAAUGUUGAUGGUUUUAGUGGAACUGUA